UGCAUCAAAGUGUGCAAGGAUCUCACAACCCUAAUGACCUAAAACAGCAAAUGGAUUUCCAAAGAAUGCGUCAUUGGCUGCUUGUAAAUGGAGUGUUUCUUCAGGGAGUAACUUGAUACUUUCUUCUGUUGGAUUCAUAGCAUCUCAAGCCUUUAGACUGAAUGCGUACUUGUACCAUCCAUAACAAUCAGUCUGACUUCUUCAUGUAUUAGCUGUGUGAAGUGGAUGUUUUUGAGAUCUUUUUUUAUAGUGAAAGCACAUUUUCCAAGAGGACUGACAAACUGGAUUGUGAUGAUCAUUUGGAUUGUAUUGCUUUCACUGUUCUGCAAGAGCACACAAGAUGAAAAAAGCCAAGAAAAUGGUUUCCUUUACUGUGGCCCUCAGAAUGUGACCCUUCAGCACUCUGGUCGGAUGCUCCUGUUAUCAUGGGAAGACCAGCCUUCAUGCUCUGCAGUACAGGAUGUGCUCAUCUAUCAACUAGUGGUUCUCAGAACAGGCCAACAAGUCCAUUAUUUUGGUUUUAAGGAUGAAGUUUCUGUGACAUCUGACCAGAUAGAAUCGACCCACUACUGGAACUGGACUUCCUCUUUGGCCUUGGAGUGUGCUUCCCAUUCAGUCAGGCUCAGGUCCCAGACAAGCCCUUGGAAAGAGCAGACAAUUCCUGGGAAGCAAACCUCAGAAGGGCCAGAGGUUUUUCCAAAGGACGAAUGGUUCAAGGUUGGCAGUACAGUCACUUUCUGCUGCAUUCUGCCUUCAAGGGAAGCCUUCAGCACAAUGUAUCUGACUGGCUAUGAUGGAGCACCAGUGAACACUACCAGCUAUCAGACAUAUGCCCUGACCGUCUAUCUGAAUCAAGUGUCAGAAAACAGCUGUACCAAUGUAAUAUGUAAAACAAAAACAAACAAGGAGAAUGGUGCCUGUGUUUAUAUUGGCUACCCACCUCGUUACAGAGACCUUCAGUGUGAAACCCGAGAUCUGGAAUCAGUUGAAUGUCAGUGGACAGUAGGAGGAGGAAAAGGCUGGCCCUUUAAAAAGCCAAAAGAUCCUCAGCUGCUGGGAAGGCCAUGCCCAAUGACGUCUGAGGGCAGAUGCUCUCAAAAGGUGGAGAAAGUAGGUGUUGGUGAAAGAAACUGGAGAUUGACAGCACAAAAUGAGUUUGGGAAGGCUGAGCUUUCAGACGCUGCAGACCUAUCCAAGAGAGUGCAUAUGUUUGCUCCUAAUGGAGUGAAAGCUUUGACUGUGAAUGCCAGAAGUGUCAUUCUGCAGUGGGAUUGGACAGUGCAACAGUACAACAUUCUCAAUAUUACUUGCCAAGUACACAUGAGCUGUGGUGAAAUUACCAUUAUUGAAAACUUUGGAGUUGGUCUUAAUCGUACAGUUUUGAAUGACUUGAUACCAAAUUGGACGUAUAAUGUGACUGUAAGAUGUGGAACAGCACAAUAUUUCUGGAAAUGGAGUGACUGGAGCAAGAAAGUCCUCUUUCAAACCGAUGGUGAUGUUCCAGAUGCUCUUGAUGUGUGGAUGCAGAUGGAGGGCAACCAAAUAAAAAUUAUCUGGAAAGCCAAAAGACAUGGACUCAUCAAAGGCUAUGAAGUGAUCUGGAGAAAGACCACAGAGAAACAACAACACCAUAUAACCAACUUGGCUUUCAACAAACAAAGUUUUUCCCUCAGUCUGAACAGUACUAAAGAAUAUAUCGUCACAGUUACAGCUAGGAAUAUAAAGGGCAGCUCAACUCCAUCCACCAUCACCAUUCCCAGCCUCAAUCCAGCUGGACACAGAGUGAACACUUCUCGGAUCAUUGGCAGUAACGGGGGCUUCGUCCUGUCCUGGUCUGCCAGUCCUGCCGCCAGCUGUGGGUACAUAGUGGACUGGUGCCCUACGUCAGGGCCUUGCACUGUGGACUGGCUGAGAGUGCCUCCCAAUAAGACCAAUGCCAAAGUAUUUUCAAAAAACUUCACCGACGGACAAAGAUUCUCAUUUUCCGUGUACGCCUGCACCCAGGGAGCUCCACUGCUACUGGACAAAAGAGAGGGCUAUUUCACAGAGAAAAGUAUAAAAGAAGGCCUGUUUAAGUCAUUGAAGGGGAAACAGCAGGAUUCCGAUUUCGAAGUAUCCUGGGACCCUAUAUCUCUAAAAGAGCAGACUGCUUUCAUACAAGGAUAUGUCCUGUAUUGUUUGGACAACAGCAAUACAGUCAUCAAAUUCAGCACAGACGAUCCUGACGCCACCAGACUGAGAGCAAGAAACCUUAAAAUGGGUUUCUACAAUUUCACAAUGAAGGCACAGACGUCAGUUGGAGAAUGUGGCGCUGCAUUCAUUACUGCCACCAUGAACUCACCGACUGAAAACUUAAUAGGCGCAGUCCUUAUUCCCCUCGUCACUGUUUUUGGUCUCCUUUCCCUCACAACUAUGCUUUGCUUCAGACACUGGACAUGUAUUAAACAGAAGGUCUAUCCUCCAAUCCCAAAGCCGGUGUUGACAUCAGUGGGUGAACAUGGAUGUCAUCUCCUUUACAUGGAUCAGUGUCAUCACAGUGACGUAGAUAUUGUGGAUGUUCUGGAGCUAGUGUGUAGUGAAGAAACACCAAUUAACGGUUCUGUCCGCCAGGAGAACAUAUUAUUUGUUGUUUCCCAAACUCCAAAGGGUUACUACAACCAGCCGCAGAAAAAGUGCCCCCCAGAUCCCCUGACCGCAACAACUACAGAACUCCCAUCUUUGAAAGGAUUACCAUCUUCUCCAUUUGGAAGUGUAUUUUCUAACCCAUCCUACAACCUGAUAAUGAAGCCUGGUGAUCAGCAGUCCAGGUCAUUUCCUGAGCUUCAGGAAGGAAACAGUUUAGACAGAAGCAUCGAUGGAUACCAGCCUCAGGGUCUCACAGAAACCUUCAAUAUAAACCCGACAGAAGAGGAUCCGGGGAGUCCUAUGUCCUGUGUAUUUACUUAUGUUGUGUUACCACAGUCACUUUCAAAAUAGCUGGUUCAUGCGCAGCCUUUAUAAGUUGCAAAACAGAAAAACAUAUAUAUAGUGAAACACUUUGUGACAGAGACAUUGUCACUAUUUGCGUAUGACACAUGGUAAAAGGCACACUCAGUACAACACAUUCAAACACACAGUCAUUGUGGCGAGUGCAUGCACUACAAUUACUUGACCAACACACUCUCACUCCAUAAACGUCCAGGAGCGACGCUUGGUCAGGGUCCCGAGGCGUGCAGUUGGGACG